AUGGGAGGAUCUUAUAAGGUAGCGGUCAUCGGAGCUGGAACUGCAGGUCUAGUAACGGCCAGGGAGCUUCAAAGAGAAGGUCAUCGUAUAACUGUUUUCGAGAAGGCCGAUGAAGUUGGUGGUACUUGGCUCUAUAAUCCACGGGUGGAGACCGACCGGUUGGGUCUUGAUCCUAAUCGUGAAAUAGUUCAUAGCAGCCUCUACAAAUCCACUCGAGUCAACAUUCCUAGGCAGACAAUGAGCUUCUUGGACUAUCCAUUUGUGAAGAAAGAAGGUGGGGAUCCGAGGACGUUUCCGGGUCACGCAGAGGUGCUCAGGUUUCUCCAGGAUUUUGCCAGGGAUUUCGGGUUGAUGGAGCUGAUUCGAUUUGGACAUGAAGUGGUUCGGGUGGAGCUAUUUAAUGAAGCGACUCACGAGUGGGUUGUACAGACUAGAACUCGAGAGCGGGACUCAACUUGGGAAUCAAAAGAACAGGUUUUUGAAGCUGUGGUCAUUUGCAAUGGUAAUUUCACGGAGCCAAUUGUUGCAGAAUUUCCAGGAAGGGAUAUUUGGCCGGGAUUGCAGAUGCAUUGUCACAAUUACCGUACCCCUGAACAGUUCAAAAACAAUAGAGUGGUGCUCAUCGGGAACGGACCAAGUGCCGUCGACAUUUUGAAAGAAAUCUCCCCUCUUGCAAAACAAGUUCAUCAAGCUGUCAGAACACCUAGCUUUCAAUUGGUAAAGGGUGGCACUUAUAAUAACGCAUGGCAACAUUCAAUGAUCGAAUGCGCUCAUAAGGAUGGUAAGGUGGUAUUCAAAGAUGGAACGAUUGUUGAUGCAGAUGUCAUUAUUCAUUGCACUGGCUACAAAUACCAUUACCCAUUUCUUAAAUCAAACGGGGUCGUUACUGUGGACGACAACCGUGUUGGACCAUUGUAUAAGCAUGUGUUUCCACCGAGCUUAGCCCCUUGGCUUUCAUUCGUGGGACUGAAUUACAGGGUGGUGAUCUUUAAAGUGAUGGAGUUACAAGCAAAAUGGGUGGCGAAAGUUUUGUCCGGCACGGUGGAGCUGCCGUCCCGAGAAGCGAUGAUGUCUUCCGUUGAAGAACUUUACAGUAAGAUGGAGAAGACGGGGUUGCCCAAGCAUCAUACUCACAGCCUUCAGAACGACGAGGUUGAAUACGUAAGUUGGCUUGCUGCUCAGUUGAACCUAAGGCUCCCCAAAAUGUGGAAGGAAAUAACAUUAUUCUCCACCAUCUUGAAAGGGAUAUUUGAAAAUGGUGAUAAUUAUCGGGACAAGUGGGAUGCUGACACUUGGAUUCAAGAAAUAGAUUCUUCUGAUUAA